AUGUCUUUAUCAAAAAGUGAAACUGAAAAAAUUUUAACGCCAAAAAAUAACAAUCGGACCGACGUAGAAAUUUACGUGAAACACACACGAUGGCUAUUUUUUAUUCUUGGAUUGUGGCCUUUUAUGUUUUAUACUUUAACAAGGCAUAAAUUAUGUUUAGCUGUGGUAAUACAAAUUAUUUGUUAUAUUACGUUGUUUUUUGCAAUAAUUCCAUCAUUCUAUCAUAUGUUUUGGUAUGAUAAAAGUGUCAAUGUGAAAAUAGCUCUAUUUGGUCCCACAGGAGUUUCUGUAGCGUGUGUUUUUAAGUACUUUGCGAUUACUUACCACUUGAAAAAUAUUAAAGAAUGUCUUAAACAAAUACAAAAAGAUUGGGAAAUGACAACAAAUAAGAAUGAUUGGGAAAUUAUGGUAAAUUAUGCGAAAAAAGGAAAUAAUGUCACUUUUUUUUGUAUUACCGUUAUGUAUGGAGGAGGAGUUUCUCAUCAAUCAGUUGCCCCCUUCUUACCCGGCAGUCCAACAACGUUACUACGUAAUUCAUCAGAUCGACCGUUACUUUAUCCUACAUCAAUGUUUGAUCCUUAUUUCAACACUCAAAAGUCUCCUAUCUAUGAAACAUUUUAUUUAUCACACAUUUUGAUGGGCGUUGUUGUCUGUACUAUGAUGAUUAGCACGUGUAAUCUUGGAGCUAUUUUAGUCACUCAUAUUUGUGGUCAAAUUGAAAUAAUUAUUCGAAGGCUGCAGAAUCUUGAAAAAUAUCAAAGUAAUGGUGAAAAUUUUUACCAUAGUUUAUCAGCAAUUAUUCAACGUCAUAACAAAGUUAUCAAAUUAUCAUUGUAUACAGAGCAAAUUUUGCGUCAAGUUUGUUUAGUUGAAGUUGUAGCAGCAACUUUAUUUAUCUGCAUGGAUGAAUAUUAUUGUUUAUUGGCUUGGAAAAAUAAUAAUCAAAUUGGCUUAACGAUUUAUUCUAUAUUACUAGUGGCAUUUAUUUUUAAUAUAUACAUUUUUUGUCACAUUGGAGAAUUAUUAAAACAACAGUUUGGUAAAAUUGGAGAUUCUAUUUAUGCAAUCAAUUGGUAUAAUUUUUCUCAAAAAAAUUCUUCCAAUUUAAUUAUGAUGAUAGCUAUAAGCCAAAAUCCUCAAAAAAUAACAGCUGGUGGUCUCUUUGAGUUAUCAUUCAAAGGUUUCUCUAGUGUUUUAAAAACAUCAGUGGCAUACUUAAACAUAUUGCGAAUGAUGGAACUUUGA